CAUUGCCAAAUAUUAAAACGGUUUAACGGAAUACCGCUAAUUACCGGUUACUUACGGGAUACCCCCGUGCGGCGUACGCGGUUUAAAAUAAGCCGUAUCGGGAAAAGGCAAUAUGUUAAAAGCAUAGGCAAAACCGCCUUCUUAAAUUGCACGAAAGCGCAUAAAGCGCGAAAAAUUUAUAAAACCGACUUUGCAUGCCCGAAAGGGCACGAAGGAAAGGGAAGCUAA